AUGUCGUGUGAAAGAUUCUCUAAUGUUCAUCUCAAUGAAGGUUUUUUAUGUCCAUUUUGUGAUGAAUAUCUCCCAACAUCCGAGCAUAUGCGUACUCAUUUGGUUUCAUGUGGCAGUAAAACGAAUGAAUGUCCCUUCUGCAAUAAAUAUAUUCCACGAAUGAUCUUGGCUUAUCAUGUAAAUCAUAAUUGUCAUAAUCCAAAUCCAUUUGAAGAAAGAGAAGCAAGUGCACCGAUUAAUCACUUAAAUAGCCAUAUCAAUUCCAGUAGUCAACGUUCAUGUGAUAUGAAUGCUUCUUCGGAUCAAGUAGAAUCAAAGAGUCCGAAGAAAUUUCAACCUUUAUAUGAGAAAGCAACACAUGUACAAGAAACUUUAGCUGAAUAUUAUUAUGAGCCUGAAGUAAAUCAUGUCAGAGAAAAACUGCAGUUUAAUAUUAUUAUAAUGGGUUCACCUCGUGUAGGUAAAAGCGCCCUUAUCAAUGUAUUAUGCAAUGGGAAGAAUCGAGCAGAAACUAGUCCGAGUCUAAAUUCAUGUACUAAAGAAGUUACAUGUUAUGUUUUGGAAGACAAUCAACAACCAACUCCAAAUGUAAAACCAUUUAGAAUAAAUUUUUACGACACACCAGGCAUCGAAUCAUGGAAAGAUGGAUUUGGACAAGAUACUAUGAUAAAAAUUAUCGAAGAAACAAAUCCGCUCUGCUUUAUUUUUUGUGCAUCGCCGGGAACAUUUGCUGAUUUAAAGCAACUUAGACCAGUACUUCAGUAUUGCAAAACAAAAGAUAUCUUUUGUGCUCUCGUUUGCACAAAUAUGUGGUCUGGAAAUAGUCGAGAUAAUGUCAUUAAAGAAUUUGAAGAACAACUUCAAUUCUUCGGUAACAAGAUUGAAAAGUUUUCUGAACAGUUACAUUCUCCAAAUCCUCAUAAAGUUACUUUUUUUGGCAAAGAUGCUCUUUGUACUAUGGUCAAUUCUCUCGAAUAUUACGAUCCAGAUUUGUCUGAUCAGCGAAAGCCUGUACAAGGUAUCGAUGAACUCAUUCAUGGUAUAAUGGAAGCUCUCGAUCACGAAAAACUACUUGGUUGGUGUUAUGCUGUACUCUAUCGACGUACUUAUUGGGAAAAGAUUAGUCAACAAAUCAGUGGUUUCUUCUCGUUACAUUUGAAGAGUUUACAUCAACUAGUAACUUCGUCACCUGAUAAAACUGCGACAAAUUUUCUAACUUAUUUAAAUGAAUUUAUUUUUCAAAAAAAAACUUAA